AUGAACUCCUUUCCGGCAAAGAUCCAGUCAAAGAUGGAAGUGGCCAGGGCUAUGAGGGAUGAAGACAAGCUGUACAGGUACGAUGGAGUGCUCUACCCGGUCAUCAUGAGCCCAGAGGAGAACCUGAAGGCUCUGCAGGAGCUGCACGCCAGGCCAGAUGACAUCAUGUUGGUGGCUUAUCCUAAAUGUGGCUUUAACUGGAUGGUCGCUGUCCUCAGGAAAGUCAUUGCUGCCGCGACAGGCCGGAAAACCGAGUCCAAGAUCCCCCCUCUUAUUGAGUUUUAUGGACCAGAAAUGAUUGAGCCUCUUGCCCAGGCCCCGGCGCCCAGGUUCCUCGGAACCCACAUGCACCCGGACAACAUUCCCACAUCCUUCACUCUGGAAAAAACAAAGAUGCUGGUCAUUUUCAGAAACCCUAAAGACACUUUAGUUUCCUUUUAUCACUUCUCCAACAAGAACCCAGUUCUGCCAUCAGCUGAGUCCUGGGACAGUUUCUACGCUGACUUUAUGAGCGGCGAAGUUCCAUGGGGCUCAUAUUUCGACCAUGCUUUGGCUUGGGAGAGACGAAUAGAUGAUCCCAAUGUUAUGAUUGUCACCUACGAAGAGUUGAAGGAGGACCUGAGGGGUGGGAUUCGACGAGUGGCUGAGCAUUUUGGCUUCGGCCUGUGCAACGACACCAUUGAAUCCAUUGCUAAAGAGAGCACCUUCAGUGCCAUGAAGGAGUGCUCUAGAGACUCACAUGGGCAGAUGGGCAACGUGUUUUUCAGGAAAGGUGAGAUUGGAGACUGGAAAAAUCAUUUCAGUCAAGCCCAAAGUGAGCAAAUGGACGGCGCGUUUGAGAAACACCUCGCUGGAACUAAACUCGGAGCUCAGCUAAAAUAUGACGUGCAUUUUUGA